UGACUGAAUUAUUCUGAAUUUUUGUGGCUAAAAUAUAACAUAGAUCUCGACAUCCUGGAAUAAUCUUGGUGGCCCAGGUCAGCAACAAGUUGGUAACAUUGUUAUCGGCUACAAAAGUUUGUAGCCUACUACAGAACUUUUCAAUAAAGGGACAUUCGUUUAAUAGAGGAUUAGGGCCUAUUUUUAUUCAGUGGAUUUGGUGUCAUUGCAACUGAAUAACCCACUGGAAAUAAAUCUUUGGACUUGUGUUUUUUUCGAAGUAGUCCGGCAAGUAAUCAAAUCCAAUCCAAGUACAUUAAAGCUAAGGACCUUCUGCACUGUUUUGAUUCUUUAGUUUUCAUAAACAUGAACUUGAAUCAUGUACGAGGAUCAUUUUUUUGGCCUACACGAACGAAAGUGCUUUGUAUGAUCUGUGCGAUUGUAAAUUGUUUUGCUGAUGGUUUAACAUAUGUAAUGACAGGUAUUAUCACUCAGGCUGUUGCAGAAGACCUCAAAUGUACCGAUGGCUUCGUGUCAUUCUGGGGAGGAAUCCAACUGGCGUUAGUAGCAGGGAGUGGUCCCCUUUCUGCUGUACUUUUAAGAAGAAUUGGAAUGAGGAAAUUAGGGACGAUAACAGGAUUAACGUCAUUUGGAACACUGUGCAUGAUGUCUGUUGCUCGGAGCACAUUUACCUUAGCUUUAGCGAUGUGCUUGCAAGGUGUUUGUAUUGGCAUAUUAUAUACGUCAAGCGUUGUGGUAGUUCAGAAGGUUUACACUGGUAAUUUCUCUCAGGUGAACGUCGUCUUGCUUAUUGCAUCAAUUUCGACAAAUGCAACUGCUCCCUUGAUACAGAUACUGCUGGAACACUACGGGUGGAGGGGAGCCGUGGUUAUAUUAGCUGCAGUUCACCUGCAUAUACCUGUAUUUUCUUUACUUCUGGAUAUAAAAAUUGGUAAAACUAAAGCAGAUCCAAAAGAUACAUUAGAAGAACUCGGGCAACAUAAUUUCAUUGUAUAUGGAAAUGCAUUUUUAAAAGGAGCCAUUAAAAGCCUGCAUGCCUUCAAAGGAAACUCUCAGUUGAUCGCAUUAUUUCUAAAUGCAGUAUGCAAUGGCUUUUACCACACGGCCUAUUGCUUGUUUAUGGUUCCUUAUGCUGUAGAAAAUGGCAUUACAGCUUUUGACUCAAGUACGCUGAUAGCCCUGCCGGUUAUUCCAUGUAUUCUGAUUAGACUAGCUAUAUUUUUUCAUGGUAAAAUUGACGUUCCUUGUACAGUAAGAUUGCAUGCUAUUGGACAGGUAUCUGAGUUCUGUUCGUGUUUUUUCAUUACUUUUGGCCGAAGGUUAUCUAUGUUUUACGUCGGAUCUAUUCUGCACGGGUUCGCAUUUGGAAUACAUUUCUACUCAAUGUUGUGUUUGGCACCGGCGUUUGUUAAUAAGAGCUUCAGGGAUUAUGCACUUUCGUGGAUUAUUUUCUCAGAUGGACUAGCAGUAAUAGCCACCGCAAUCGUAGGCUUGUACACUAACAGUUACCUUCUCGGGUUUCAAAUAAGUUCCGGAGUUCAAAUCUGUGCUGUCGCAUUGGUAAUUUACAUAGGCCUACUUAAUGGACAGAUUCUGGGCCGGAUUUAGAGGGGGAGGGGGCGGGGUCCCCCGUUCCCCCCCCCCCAUUUCUUUGGAAAGUAUAGAAGAAAGAAAAACUGAAACUGAUGGCAAGUCAAGUUCUGCUCAUCACAUUGGAUCCAAUUAAAAAGCUUAGUUACAAAUACAAACGAAAUACUUUAACGUAUUUGUGGUUAUUUUUCUCUCUGAGCCCCCAUCAGAUAUCAUUCAUUCAAAUGGGAAUUUAAGAGUAGGCCUAGUGGUUCAUUUCUGCGGUACGAUUGGUACAAAGCGGACUUACAUCUUGCAGUCGGGGUCGAAAACCUGGCUGUGCAUUUCACAAGGCACUUUGUAUAAUAAUUACUUCUUUAUCUAGAAGUAUUAAGCUGAAUUCACAUUUUAUAUUGAAAUUAAUUUGAUGGCAGACGUCUGUUAAUUUUAUCCAUUUCUGAUCCAGGUACAGUAUACUUGUAACCGGCUUUAAAAAAUAUAUUUAGCGCCACCUAUUGUGGUGAAGUAGUUGCUACAACAUAAUAUUAUGUUUAUCAGUAAAUACACUAAUUUAGCAUAGAUUAAGGCAAUGAUCCUUAGGUUACACCAUGUUAUCAUGGUCCUUCGUUGAACAUUUCGCUAGUGCAAUACAUCAUCUUCAUUACAUUGCAGUAGUUUGUAAGCAAAGUACAGGAAUCAACAGUUGUAAACAACAUUUGAUAAACAUUUAUUAUUUGAAAUCAUUAUGACUUUUUUUUCAAUUUAAAAAACAAAUUUAUGAUAUCGGUAAAGUUUGAACGUUGGCAGAAAUUAUUCGUCCGGGUGGUAAAAAUUUAUACCAAACUUAGCAAGUCGAGGUGGUGUGUUAUCUUGUAGAAAAACAAAUAUAGACCUCUAAAUCUUUUC